GCCCUCCUGUGAGGCCGUGUGGGAGGCCGGAAGUUGCGGCUUCAUUACUCGCCAUUUCAAAAUGCUGCCGAGGCCCUCGGAUCUGUGACUGCUACCCCUCCCCCACCCCGGGCUCGGCGGGGGAGCGACUCAUGGAGCUGCCGUAAGUUUUACCAACAGACUGCAGCUUCUUCCCUGCCAAAAUGACAUCAUUUUCCACCUCUGCCCAGUGUUCAACAUCUGACAGUGCUUGCAGGAUCUCUCCUGGACAAAUCAAUCAGGUACGACCAAAACUGCCACUUUUGAAGAUUUUGCAUGCAGCAGGUGCGCAAGGUGAAAUGUUCACUGUUAAAGAGGUCAUGCACUAUUUAGGUCAGUACAUAAUGGUGAAGCAGCUUUAUGAUCAGCAGGAGCAGCAUAUGGUAUAUUGUGGUGGAGAUCUUUUGGGAGAACUUCUGGGACGUCAGAGCUUCUCCGUGAAAGACCCAAGCCCUCUCUAUGAUAUGCUAAGAAAGAAUCUUGUCACUUUAGCCACUGCUGCUACAGAUGCUGCUCAGACUCUCGCUCUCGCACAGGAUCACAGUAUGGAUAUUCCAAGUCAAGACCAACUGAAGCAAAGUGCAGAGGAAAGUUCCACUUCCAGAAAAAGAACGACAGAAGACGAUAUCCCCACACUGCCUACCUCAGAGCAUAAAUGCAGAAAUUCUAGAGAAGAUGGAGACUUAAUUGAAAAUUUAACCCAAGAUGAGACAUCUAGGCUGGACCUUGGAUUUGAGGAGUGGGAUGUAGCUGGCCUGCCUUGGUGGUUUUUAGGAAACUUGAGAAGCAACUAUACACCUAGAAGUAAUGGCUCAACUGAUUUACAAACAAAUCAGGAUGUGGGUACUGCCAUUGUUUCAGAUACUACAGAUGACUUGUGGUUUUUGAAUGAGUCAGUAUCAGAGCAGUUAGGUGUUGGAAUAAAAGUUGAAGCUGCUGAUACUGAACAAACAAGUGAAGAAGUAGGGAAAGUAAGUGACAAAAAGGUGAUUGAAAUGGGAAAAAAUGAUGACCUUGAGGACUCUAAGUCCUUAAGUGAUGAUACUGAUGUAGAAGUUACCUCUGAGGACGAGUGGCAGUGUACUGAAUGCAAGAAAUUUAACUCUCCAAGCAAGAAGUACUGUUUUCGUUGUUGGGCCUUGAGGAAGGAUUGGUAUUCAGAUUGUUCAAAGUUAACCCAUUCUCUCUCCACAUCUGAUAUCACUGCCAUACCUGAAAAGGAAAAUGAAGGAAAUGAUGUCCCUGAUUGUCGAAGAACCAUUUCGGCUCCUGUUGUUAGGCCUAAAGAUGUAUAUAUAAAGAAAGAAAACUCCAAACUUUUUGAUCCUUGCAACUCGGUGGAAUUCUUGGAUUUGGCUCACAGUUCUGAAAGCCAAGAGACCAUCUCAAGCACGGGAGAACAGUUAGAUAACCUUUCUGAACAGAGAACAGAUACAGAAAACAUGGAGGAUUGUCAGAACCUCUUGAAGCCGUGUAGCUUAUGUGAGAAAAGACCACGAGACGGGAACAUUAUUCAUGGGAGGACGGGCCAUCUUGUCACUUGUUUUCACUGUGCCAGAAGACUAAAGAAGGCUGGGGCUUCAUGCCCUAUUUGCAAGAAAGAGAUUCAGCUGGUUAUUAAGGUUUUUAUAGCAUAAUGGUAGUAGAACAUAAAAAUGCGUUUCUUCAAUUCACUUACACAUUGUUUGAAAAUCAAUCCUUUAUUUAAUUUUAUUUCCUACCUCUCAGAAUGUUCUUAGGCAUCAAAAUCUGAGGUAGCUGUAGGAAAAAUACUGGAGCUAACAAUGAAGAACAGAAGUAAUCUGAUUGGUCAAAUUAUGAAGUGCUGUGGAUUACUUUAUGCAGCAGUCAGGUACAUAGGUAGGUGAACCCAAAAGAAAAACUCCUGAAAAACAAGAGAUUUUUUCCAUGCACAUUUACAGUGUUGAGGUAUAAUUAACAUGAUAAAGUGUUUCCUUGUAACGAGUUGUAGAAAUCUGAGUAACCACCCAAAAAAAGCAAUAGAAUGUUUCUGUCACCCCAAAAUACUGCGUUCUGCCACUUUUCAGACAGUCCUUCAGCUAUUUCAUGGCUCUCACCCUAGAUUAUUUUUUUUUGCACUUUUUUUUCUGAGGAUAUAGAGGAGGUGUGGGGUGACAGGGUCUGUCUUGUUCUGUCUCCCAGGCUGAAGUGCAGUGCAGUGCAUGGCUCACUGCAGCCUUGCUCUCCUGAGAAUAAGUGAGAAUAAGUGGUCUGUCUCCUGACAAUAAGUGAGAAUAAGUGGUCUGUCUCCUGAGAAUAAGUGGUCUUCCCACUUCAGCCUCCCGAAUAGCUGAGACUGUAGACUAGCAUAACCACACUGGCUAAUUUUUUGUGGAGAUGAAGUCCCACUAUGUUGCCCAGGCUGGUCUCGAACUCCUGGGCUCAAACAGUCCUUCUGCCUCAGCCUUCCAAAGUGCUGGGAUUAUAGUAAUGAGCCACCUAGUCUGGCCCUUUUGCAAGACUUUAAUCUGACAUCUAAAUUUUUGAAAUUUAAGUACUUACAAAGGAUAUACUAUCCAACAUAUUGCAUAUUAUAUAUGUGCUUUAAAGUUUUUUUUUUUUUUUUUUUUGAGAGACAGGGUCUCACUUUGUCAUCCAAGCUGGAGUGCAGUGGUGCAAACAUGGCUCACCUCCUGGGCUCAAGUGAUCUCCAGCUUCAGCUUCCCUCACAGGCAUUUACUGUCUCACCCAGCUAAUUAAAAAUAUUUGUAGACGGCGUCUCAUUAUGUUGCCCAGGCUGGUCUCCAACUCCUGGGUUUAAGUGAUUCCCCUGCCUCAGCCUACCAAAGUGUUGGGCUUAUAGCCAUAAGCCACUGGGCUUGGCUUAAAGAUAUUUUUAUGAAAGCCCUGGGGCUAUAGAUUUAGCUGAUUAAAUUUAUAGAAAAAGUCCUGUUAUAUAUAAACUGGCAAAGCCUGUUCUCAGUUUAAUUAGCCAAAUCAGACUUAACUUCAGUCAGAACAUGUCUUGGUUUUAAUUCAGAUAAAUGCACAAACAUACUUCUCUGGCACAGCCUUCAGAAGGAUCAGUUCCUUUUUUUUUUUUUUUUUCCUUUCUAGACAGAGUCUUGCUCUGUCGCCUAGGCUGGAGUACACUGGCACAAUCACAGUUCACUGCAGCCUUGACCUCCCAGAUCCAAGCAGUCCUCACACCUAAGCCUCCCAAGUAGCUGGGACUAUAGGCGUGUGCCACCAUGCCCAGCUGAUUUUUGUAUUUUUUGUACAGAUAGCAUUUUGCCAUGUUGCCCAGGCUGGUCCCAAACUCCUAGCCUCAAGCAACCCUCCUGCCUCAGCCUCUCAAAGUGCUAGGAUUAUAGUCCUGAGCUACUGCCCCCUACCCUCUUUGCCUCUUAGGAGUCAUUUAGAUUUUUUUUGAUCCUUUUGUUUAGUGCCUCUGGAGCUGCUUACACCAUCUUUAAGUUGGUUUCCAUAGAGCUAUGCAUGUAUCCUUACCCCAUGGGAAAAUGUUGGUGUAUUCUCAAGGGUAUGCAUGUGUCAUUUUGGAGACCAAGGCCCUAGAACUGUCAAACUUAAGGAUCAUAAAAACCACGAGGGUUGCUUGUUAAAAAUGCCCAAACCCCCAGAGACUGAUCCCUGAGAUCUGGACCAGGAAUUUGCAUUUGAACAAGUGUUUCUGGAAUCUCUAUGCAAGUUUUAUACAGAACAUGCUUUUGGAAUCCUUGCCCUAGACAGGAGUGUCCAAUCUUUUGGCUUCCCUGGUCCACAUUGGAAGAAGAAGAAUUGUCUUGGACCACACAUAAAAUACACUAACACUAGCAAUAGCUGAUGAGCU